AUGAGUGAUAAACGAAGAAGUGGUGUUUGGUUGUAUUUCAAUGCAAUUGAUUCAAAUAAAGCAAAAUGUGACAUUUGCCAAAAUUUCUUAUCCUAUAAAGGUGGCGCAACCUGCAAUUUGAGGAAACAUUUGAAGGCGAAGCAUUUUUCGGUAAUAACGCAAGAUCUUCCGUCUCCUUCGUCUUUAAGAACAUCUGCGGAGUUGGAGGAAAUACCCGUACCAUCAACUUCUUCUACACCUUGGAAGUCAGAAGUCACCCCAGGAAGUUCGGCUUAUGACUCAACAAAAAAAAUUGAUAAGGGCAAAAGACGAAUGCCUUUUCCCUCAUCAAAACAAUCCAAAAUAUCGACUUUUGCUACGCGGCCAAUGUCUAUUCCUCGUACUAAGAACCUGCCUAUAAAAGUUUUAAACAUGAUUAUAAAAGACAUGCAGCCAUUUACAAUUGUUGAAGAUGAAGGGUUCAGAGAAUUGUUAGAGUUUGAUCCCGCUUAUACACUUCCUUCAAGAAACACUUUAAGCAACAGUUUGUUGCCCCAAACAUAUGAUGAGGUUGUUCAGAAAGUAAAGAAUUUACUAAAAAAUUCGGAGUAUUGA